ACAGGGCUGAAAGAGCCCAGCUAAUGCAUUUUACCCCUUGUUCCUGCAGUCCUAGACUGGGCCCCAGGCAUGGGGUCCAGGCUGUGACCAAACCUGCUGGACCUGCUCUGGAGGCAGGUUUGGGGCAGGGGCUGACACUCCUGUGGGUCUCCACCCCCUGGGAGUGGAACCGAGGUCACCCCCCCAAUGCUCUUUCUCUCACAGCUGCCUCAGGUGCCAGUGGCCACUACUCCGUGUCCGAGUCUCCUGCCUCCUCUCCUGCCUCCCACCAGCCGGGGAUCCUGGGGCUGAUCUCGUCCUUCACCCCGCUGAGGGUGACCAGUUCCUCCCAGGGCAGUGCAGAGACCCUCACCCCUGACUCAUCCCAUUCCAGCCCCUUCGAGGAGCGGAGGAGGAGGGUGAAGGAGGAUGGAAAGUACGCAGGCAUCGAACCCGUGGACAAGGUCAACACAGAG